AUGUUAACCCAAGCUGAAGAAUUUGUCUUAUCAAACAAUUGGACUGUAUUGGAGACAGAUUUCCCCUAUGAUAAACUCUUUCCAUUGCUUGUUUCUAAUCAUAUUCUUGAUGUCUAUGAUCAGUCAAAGUUGCAAUCGCUGCAGGAUCAUAUUAUUAGAAAUAGAACUUUACUUCAAUUAUUGCAGGAGAAACCUGUAGGUACAUUUCAAAAAAUUUGCCACCUUUAUAGCCAACUCAGUUCUGUUCAAGCAGAAAUAGGUUAUCAAUUACUCCAAGCUAUACAGGACUAUUCGAAAGAUGAAGUCGAUGGAAAGUGUCCCAUUCUUGAUCCAGAGCAAAGCGCCAAACCUUACUUGGAUUUAAUCUUUCAAACUAACAUCCCGAAUGACGUCAAAGUAGUCAAUUUAAAAAAGUUUUACGAAGGCCUCCAUCUGAAGCAGUUUAAGGUCAAAACAAUCGUGUCCAAGAGUGAUCUAACGAUAGAAGGUAAACUAAAAGAGUUAUUCAAAAUUUGGUGCAACGAAAAACAAACUGAAGCAACCAAAGGAGUUUUUGUUCAGGCUUUGUACGAUGCUGGAUUAGAUGAAGCAGCUAAAUUGGUAUCCAUAUCCAAGAGGUAG